AUUAUCUCAGAAAUUACAAAGUGCUUUAGAACUUUCGAGGCACUACAAAAGCUUCCUUACGUAUGAGUUCGUAGCAACAAAACUUCACUGAAGGAUCCUCCUCAGAUCGGUUUCGGAUUCAUAAAUCUUCGGAGGUCUCUCGGAACUGGCUGCCUGAUCCAAAAUGGGGAAGUCUGAAGGAGAUGAGAAAAUCUUAAGCUACAACGAUGUUGUACUCAGAAAAUCCGACUUGGAGAUCCUUAGCGGUCCAUAUUUUCUGAACGAUCGAAUCAUCGAGUUCUAUUUUAGCUAUCUAAGCACAACCCAUCCUUCCAACGGCAUUCUUCUAUCUCCACCUUCAAUUGCUUUCUGGAUGAUGAACUGCCCCGAUGUUGAAAGUCUCAACAGUUUCCUAGAACCUCUCAAUCUACCCCACAAGAAGCUCGUAAUUUUCCCCGUAAACGACAACAUUGACGUUAGCAAACCUGAAGGUGGAAACCACUGGAGUCUUCUUGCAUUUUACAGAGAAGCAAACAUAUUUGUUCAUCAUGAUAGCAAUAAAGGAAUGAACAAGUACGCCGCCAAGCGACUCUACAAUGCUGUGGCUAGAUUUAUGAAUGAUGGCUCGAUUUCAACAUUGAAUCCAAGUUACGUGGAAUGCGUCGAGUCUCCACAACAAGUAAAUGGAUAUGAUUGUGGUGUGUAUGUUACAGCUAUUGCAAGAAGCAUAUGCAAAUGGUAUGAGGAAAGGAGAGAAGUUGAGAAAGAUGGGUUGUGGUUUUCAGCUGUGGUGGAGGAGAUUAGUCCAUCAUUGGUUGCUAAUAUGCGUAGAGAAAUUUUGGGGCUAAUAAGAAGUUUAAUGGCUGUGAAGGAAUAUCAACCGGCUACUAAGUAACACAUUGUUGUGUUGUUCAUUCGUUAUAUUGUCAAUUCUUUGCUUACGGUUCCAUUUGUGUUGGCUAAUGGAGAUAAUGGGUUUUGCUCAAAUGAUCGAAUCAGUCUUAAUUGCUUUGGGGUUAAAAAGUUCUUAUAGCUCCUCAUGUUUCAGGGAAAAAUGGGUCCAAAUUCUGAUGAAAAUCCAAUUUUAGGGGAACGUGAAUUUGAUGUAACGUUUCUAAGUGGAAGUUUUUCUUCUUUCUU